GGGAGAAGGCCGCAUCGUGAUCCACGUGAUUAUGCCGACUUCUUGGAUGGCUGGAUCUUCUUCUUCGUCUGUCUCUUCUACAUAAUUUCACUCUAGUCUUCCAUCGGUAGCUAGGUCUUUUCUCUCUCUGCCUCUUGUUCCGUGAAAUCGGCGAUCAAUCGGAGUUCACAACCUUCGCUGCUUUCAAAUUCGUGUUCUCAGUUAUUAAGGAAAGAUGCAUCCAGCACAAAUGACUUAUAUUGCAACAACUUGUUGCUUGGUGAUUACAUUGUUGGUUUCUGCUAAAUUAGUCUUGACACAUAUAUUGUGCUGGAGGAAACCAAAGGAACAGAAGGCUAUAUUGGUUAUCAUUCUUAUGGCUCCUUUAUAUGCUGUUGUAUCUUACACUGGUUUGUUACAUUUUACAUGGAGCAGUUCUUAUUUUACUUUUCUUGAAUCAAUCAAGGAAUGUUAUGAAGCUUUGGUGAUUGCUAAGUUCAUGGCGUUGAUGUAUAGUUACUUGAACAUAUCCUUGAGCAAGAACAUAGUUCCAGAUGGGGUAAAAGGAAGAGAAAUUCAUCACUCGUUUCCAAUGACUCUUUUUCAGCCACAUACAGUUCGGUUGAAUCACCAAUCGCUAAAGCUUCUAAAGCAGUGGACAUGGCAGUUUGUUGUGAUUCGACCUGUAUGUUCAAUCUUGAUGAUAGUUCUUCAAAGAAUGGGAAUAUAUCCGAGUUGGGUCAGCUGGACAUUCACUAUUAUCUUAAACAUUUCAGUCUCACUUGCACUGUAUUCUCUUGUGAUCUUUUACCAUGUGUUUGAUAAAGAAUUGAAACCACACAGCCCUUUAGCGAAAUUCUUGUGCAUCAAGGGAAUUGUCUUCUUCUGUUUCUGGCAGGGGAUUGUGCUUGAGAUUCUAGCUGCCAUGGGGGUAAUAAAAUCCCAUCAUAUUUGGAUUGAGGUGGAGCAAAUUGAAGAGGCAUAUCAGAAUGUGUUGGUGUGUCUGGAGAUGGUUUUUUUCGCCAUUAUUCAGCAGUACGCUUACAGUGUCGACCCCUAUAGGAUUGGUGUUGUAUCAUCUUCAUCGUCAAUCAAGGAGAAGAAGAAAGACAAGUAGUUUCAUCUCGUUCGUAUUCUGUCGUGGGAAGAUGAUGAAUUAUGUCAACUUUGUUCUAUUUUUGUUAAUUAUGCUGUGGGAUGUAACUUGUGUUUCUCUUGGACUUUAUUAACAUCUUGAGAUUUUUGUUAAAAUAAAUUAUCAAAUAAAUAAAACAUAUAUUAUAU